AUGCCGAAAAUGAACUACCGCGUCAUUGAACCUCACCCGUCCGUUCCUCAUACCAGCCGUCCAGCCCUACAUACAGCUCGUGGAGGUGCUGGCAACAUCAUCAGCCUGAAGAACACCAAGACUACCGAUUCGCAAACAGCCACCGGCCCCGCCUCCCUAACGCGCCUGGAUUCAAAUGUCCCGCGUACCUUCCAGUCCGGCCGCGGCGGCGCAGGGAAUGUCCGCAGCAGCAGCGAACGGGCAAUCUUCAGCUUUGACGAGGAACUGGAACGGGAAUUGCGCCGCGCCGCUCCUGUCUACCAUGUGGGCCGAGGAGGUGCCGGCAACAUGAUCUACAGUGAUAGCUGCAGUAGUGGCAGCAGCAUCCUCACUCGCAAGUUCUCUUCCAGCAGCACUGCAUCAGCCAGCAGCACCGGCUCCGCUCGGGAAAAGGCUCUUCGUGGCCUGGAGAAGGGUUGGGGAAAGAUAAGGGGUGUGGCUUAA